UUUCCCUAAUCUUGAUUAGGAAAGCGAGAUUUUCAGUUUCAGUUUCAGCCUCACCCAAACCCUACUUAUUUUAAAACUAGAUCACUCACUGCGUUGUGCCCCACGACCACAAAACAGAGUAAAGUGAAUAUUCGAGAACAAGGUUCUGAUCUGUUGAAGCUAUGGCGAAAAAGGCUGUGCUAAUCGGGGUCAAUUAUCCAGGGACGAAGGCGGAGCUGAAGGGAUGCAUCAACGAUGUUCGACGGAUGUACGCUAGCCUGGUGGAGCGUUUCGGUUUCGCGGAGGAGGAUAUUACGGUGCUGAUAGACACCGACGAUUCAUACACCCAGCCUACUGGCCGGAACGUCCGCGCCGCGCUGGCGAAUCUGGUGGAAUCCGCCCAGCCCGGAGACAUUCUCUUCGUUCACUACAGCGGCCACGGAACGCGCCUUCCGGCGGAGACCGGCGAGGAGGAUGAUACCGGGUACGAUGAGUGCAUUGUUCCUUGUGACAUGAACCUCAUCACUGAUGAUGAUUUCAGAGAAUUGGUUGACAAAGUGCCAGAAGGAUGCCAGCUGACGAUCGUGUCCGAUUCUUGCCACAGCGGAGGCCUGAUCGAUGAGGCCAAGGAGCAGAUUGGGGAGAGCACUAAACAGGGCAAGGAAGAAGGCGAAGAUUCUGGGUUUGGCUUCAAGAAAUUCCUCCGAAGAAGCGUCGAAGAUGCAAUUGAGUCACGCGGCAUUCACAUACCUUCCGAAUUGAAAUUCGGGCAUCGCGACAGGCGCCACGAUGAACAAGAGGAAGAAGAACAAUCUGGAGAGGGUUAUCAAGGGGAUGUCCAUGUUAAAAACAAAUCCUUGCCCUUAUCAACUCUCAUCGAGCUGCUCAAACAGAAGACAGGAAAGGAUGACAUCGAUGUUGGUAAAAUCCGGCCGACUCUUUUUGAUGCAUUCGGGGAUGAUGCCAGCCCUAAAGUCAAGAAAUUCAUGAAUGUUAUCUUCAACAAACUAAAAGGCCAUGGUGAGGGCCAGGGUGAAGGGGGUGGGUUUAUGGGCAUGGUAGGGAGCUUGGCUCAGCAAUUUCUCGAGCAAAAGCUCAACGACAACGAUGAAGGAUACGCAAAGCCUGCAUUGGACACCCAUGUUGGAAGCAAAACCGAAGCUUACGCUGGAUCUGGCAAAAGAGGACUUCCUGAUAGCGGAAUUCUUGUCAGCGGCUGCCAGACAGAUCAAACAUCUGCAGAUGCCAAUCCUAACCCAUCCGGCGACGGCAGUGGAGCUUAUGGCGCGCUGAGCAAUGCCAUUCAGACUAUAAUUGCAGAAUCGGAUGGGCGAAUUACCAACAGGGAAGUGGUACUUAAAGCCAGAGAGCUGUUGAAGAGACAGGGCUUUACUCAGCGCCCGGGGCUCUACUGCAGCGACAAUCAUGCCGAAGCUCCUUUCAUUUGCUGAUGCAACUGAACUAAAGUAUCCUAUGUUUGGGAUUGAUUCGAUGAGAAUUUUGUUUGGUAAGUAUGUUUUGUGUGGUGUGCUUGUUUAUGUGUUGUCUUGAAACUUGUCCUUUGCUCCCCUUUUAUGGGAUUACUUGGAAUGUACAAUAAAUUAUACCCUACAGCAAUCAGCUCUCUGUACUUUGAAAUUGUGGGAUGAGCGCGAGGAUUUUGUGAUAUUUGUUUCA